AAAGGAAAAAAGGGAAGAGAAGAGAAAAGGGAGACAAAUUGAUGGAAGCCUGACUCAGGAAUUCCACGGUGAAAGCAAUGUUGAAUCGAUAGUGUCUCGCCACGAAAUCCCGUCUUACGGUAGGCCAUCACUGGUGUUCAUUGAGCCAUGCAGCUUCGAUCAUAUCUUCUUCUCUUUAGUUGUAUCCACAUCCACAUCCUCGCCUGUCAAGCUGCAUGGGUCAGGAAGUUUCGCUGCGGGGCAUCUCAAGCGUAUGACGGUCCAUUCCGCAUUGAUAGUCUCCGCGGCAAGUUGAACGAUAAUGUGUUGUCGUUAUCCAUACUUGGCGUGCACAAUGUAUCGCAGUUCUCCUGCGACGACCUCAACGUGACUGGAUUUGAGGGCCUGCGCUUCCACGUGCUGGGUUAUCUGGUGGGCCAUUUGGUCUCUUUCAAUCACCAAUGUCCAUUGCCCAUAACGGACACCCUUACCCCCCCCGAGGGCCUGCUGUUCUCGAAUUACCAGCUUGUGUACUCUUUCGGCCACACUCACCGGCUCCAAACCCUAGCCACGGAGAUUAGUUUCCCGGGGAAGAAUGGCGACACGAUUGAUUGUGCCGCGGUAAAGAUUACUCCGGACAUUGGCCCAGCUGGUGCGGCGGGUUUCACUUAUGUCCCGGCGGCCGUGGUUGCAAUAGUUGGCCUUGCUUCUUGGGUGAAACAGCUCACUCAGUUGGGAAGGAAGCCCCUGUUCGAGUAUAGUACCAGCUGGAAUAGCCAGGGGCCGAUCUGGAAUAUUAUCCUCGACGUGGAAAGCUGUUUACAAUAUCUUCAGUAUAUCUUCCUGGCCGGGUCGCUGAGCGUGGAAUACCCGGGCUUCUAUCAACCACUAGUGAGUCAGGUAUCCUGGUCCUCUCUUCUAUACUGGACGGGUCCGAUCACCCAUGGCUUUACCUACACGGGCGUAGAAGACGGCAUGUAUGUCAGUAAUGCGUCUUAUGGACUAGAGUACAUGGCCCAGAUGCUCGCGUACCCUCAAAUGCCCGAUAUCAUGCUGGACGCCUUUAUUAACCUGCUCAUCCUGGUCCUUGCACUCAUGGUAGUUUUGCCAAUCUUCUGGCUGGCACUGCCGACAGUGGGUCAAUUAGGUCUAUUUAUUAAGAAAGCAGUUUGUAUGGUCCUUGCCGGUGCUCUGUGGUUUUUCAGCCUGCCGUUGCUGUCUUACAUGUCGUACGAGCUAAUCCUGAUUGGAUACCUUCCUAACUACCGUGUCACCCUCGUCGCGCUGGUAAUGGUGGUCAUUGUCUAUUUAAACUACCUGAUUGCUCGCCAUUUCAGUGGCGAAGUAGGGCGCACGGACAGUGUAUCAACGGAAGAGGAAGAUUGCCCGACCGUUCUUACAGAGCUCAUGCAGAAUGUCUCGCAUUAUCUGCCACGUGCAAUACCACUCAUUCAAGGAAUCAUCAUAGGUGGGUUGCAGGACUGGGGCUUAGUGCAGCUUCUCGUGCUUGGAGGAUGUGAAGUCCUUCUUCUGCUCCAUUUAGCGAUACAGUUUCACACACGCGUUUUUGUAUCCAAGGCUGCCUGGUGCGCGAUAGCCCGCCUACUGACGGUCUUGCUCAGCAUUGUGUUUGCGUGCUCCUUCAGCGAGCCGUUGAGACAAUGGGUUGGCUACUCAAUUCUAUGCCUUCAUGGCGCGGUGGUCAUCUUUGUGUUUCUCUUCAUUUCCCUUUGGCAGCUAUCUCGAACUCUUAGCAGAGCAACUAACGGUGCGCACGGCACGUCGUUGGAUCAGAGUAACCCUUUAUCCACAGUGCCGGCUGUAGGUCUCGACCGUCUCUGCCCUCGCCGAUUUGAUGGUGAUGGAGUAUCUCAGCCAUCGAGUAAUACAACCAGCGAACGCCAUGAUAGCCGCCCAGGAUCUUCCAGUAUAUCAGACAGAGGCUUUGAGGACAAUAAUAAUGUAACAGAUCAUUAUUGCUCAGCCCCCGCGACCACGGACCAUUACAUAACGGAUUUCUCUGCCUUCUACAGAGCUCCGCGCCCGCGAGCGAACAUCAAGCAAGAGUCCGCCAAGCACAGUCCAGCCCUCGUCGACUCGGCAUCGGAAACAAGUGUAGAGUCCUGCGCCGAUUCAAAUCUCGGACCGUCUCUCCAGGAUUCGUUUGACGAGCUUCUGGAAGAACCCAGUAAACCGGGAGUGGACUACUCUGUUAGAGAGUCAGACCUAUACUAUGGCCGACCCGAAAGCCGAUCGACACAACUCACGGCUCCAGGUCAAUUGGGAAAUUUACAAGAGCCCCAAGCCGACCAUCCUACUCCUUCGGGGUGGCUAUGGAGAGCCGCAGCGCAGUUACGACCACCACAAAAAAAGGAAAAGGGUUUUCAAGUCAUGAGACCCCCACGGCCUGGGUGAUAUGUGCCUUUUUCCCCGGCCACAGACUUCACUGCUGAUAUAAUAAUUAUGCCAUUGUCUUAUUCUGUAUUUCCUUAUUUGAAGUGAGGGCUAUGAACGGUUCAAUUUCAAACGAU